AUGGCGGCUCCUUCAGCGGAGGACUUCGUCCCAGCAUUGGACACAGCGUUUCAAGCGCCAACAUCCACGCCAGCUCCUUCGGCAGCCACGGCGUGCAUGGAGGCUCGUUCUCACGCCCACACGCCGUCUCGCGCCCACACGUCGUCUCACGCCCACACGUCGUCUCACACCCACACUCUAGCUUCUCUUCAGGCUUCAGCAGCAGCCACGGAGGCGCUGUCGUUGGACAUCAUGGCGCUCCCAUCAGAUACGGAAAAUAAGGAGAAUCCGAUUAAGCUGAGCCUCUGCCUGGCCCUCCUGGCCGCCUGCGCCACCGCAGACACUCGCUCCCACGCCCACGGAGGAUUCGUAGGACACGCUGGACCCUCCUUCGGAGCGACCCAUGGACACGGCGGUUCCUUUGUGUCCGGACACGGCGCCUCGCACGGAGGAUCCUUUGGGCGUGGAGUGGGCGGCCACGGAGGGGCGGUGGCCGUAGGACACAGCGUGUCCAGCGGUCCCGUCUACGGCGGCGGCCAUGGCGGCUCCUUCAGCGGAGGACUUCGUCCCAGCAUUGGACACGGCGUUUCAAGCGCCAACAUCCACGCCAGCUCCUUCGGCAGCCACGGCGUGCAUGGAGGCUCGUUCUCACGCCCACAUGUCGUCUCACGCCCACAUGUUGUCUCACACCCACAUGUCGUCUCACGCCCACACUCUAGCUUCUCUUCAGGCUUCAGCAGCAGCCACGGAGGCGCUGUCGUUGGACAUCAUGGCGCUCCCAUCAGAUACGGAAAAUAA